AUCAAAUCUCUAUCGUUCCUUGAGUUCUCUUCAAGCGUAUGGGGUAUUGGGCUCAGCUGACCGCGGCUAGCGAUCCCGAUUUACCACCGCUCUGAAGGUAAAAGCGCUGGAAAAGAAUGAUACAUACUUCACUGCUGAAGAUAAACCAACUGCUCCACAGCAAGUUGAUUGACCAAUAUAUGAGAGAAUUACUCCCCCUUCCAUCUCCUUUUCAAUCACAGACAAAUCAAUUAAACAAUCAACAAUGUCGCAAGAUCCGUACACCACCAAAGCAUCCGAUGUUAAUAUGGAUGACAACACGAGUACCGACAAGAAUGUCAGCCUUUCAAGAGUAGUCACCGCUCUUGAGCCGGAGCAGGUACAGGUAGUAGAUGGUGUUUGGGGUACUCUCGAUGAAUCUGCACCUAACUAUCGAAGUCUUGGCUGGAUAAGAGCCAGUGUUCUCAUGAUCAAAGUCCAAAUAGGACUAGGCGUCCUUGCUAUUCCAGCUGUCCUGCAUACUUUUGGUCUUAUCCCUGCUAUUCUUAUCAUAUUCGCUGUUGCUGUUGCCACCACUUGGGCGGAUUACGUUGUAGGCGUGUUCAAGCAGAAUCAUCCCGAAGUUUAUACUCUGGCAGAUGUUGGCUAUAUCAUGUGGGGACCUAUUGGACGAGAAGUGUUUGGCGCUGUCUACUGGAUUCAACUUACUGCUGUCGCUGGGGCCGGCCUCCUCAGUAUAUCUGUAGCUCUAAACGCAAUGUCAGGUCAUGGGACUUGCACUAUCGUCUUCGUCGUUGCCGCGGCCAUCAUCAACAUCCUUGUAUCUUCCAUUCAAACACUCGACAGAAUUUCCUGGAUUGGAUGGAUAGGCCUUGUUGGUAUUAUGUCGUCCGUUAUCGCCCUUGCCAUUGCUGUAAGCGUUCAAGAUCGUCCCAGUGCAGCUCCUGCCACCGGUGAUUGGUCUCCCGAUAUCGUUCUUGUUGGCAAUCCCUCCUUUUCUGCUGCUAUUGGUGCCCUAUCCAACAUCAUUUUCUCCUUCGCCGGUGCCCCCAACUUCUUCAAUAUCGUUGCUGAAAUGAAAAAUCCCAGAGAUUUUAACAAAGCUCUCAUCUCCUGUCAGACCUUCGUAACGGCGGCAUAUCUUAUUAUUGGCUGCGUUGUUUACCAUUACUGUGGCCAAUAUAUUACUUCUCCAGCUCUAGGAUCGGCAGGUAUUCUUAUGAAGAAGGUGUGUUACGGUCUCGCAUUUCCUGGCCUUGUGGUCGGAUGCGUCCUGAAUACACACCUCCCCGCCAAAUACAUUUUUGUUCGCUUGAUGAGGAACAGCAAGCAUUUGAGUGCGAACACUAUCCAGCAUCGAGUUAUUUGGAUUUCCUGUGUCGUAUUUAAUUGUACCGUCUCAUUUGUAAUCGCCGAAGGUAUUCCAAUUUUCAACGACCUCAUCGGACUCAUUGGGGCACUCUUUGCGACUCCCAAUGCGAUCAUCUUUGAGUGUAUGAUGUAUAUCUGGGAUGUCUAUUACUGCGCCGACAAGUAUCCUAGCCAGCAUACCUGGAAACAGCGAUCAAUUCAAGCAUUCAACGUCAUUAUUAUGCUCCUCUCGAUAUUUGCCAUGGUAGCCGGGACGUAUGCCGCAGCCGUCACCAUACGAGACGACGUGGCGUCUAACGCCACCUCAAAGCCCUUCUCUUGUGAUGAUAACUCGGGAUAGCCAUGAGAAGUUGAGUAUAGCAAAUGUCCUACCGUGUGAUUAUUGGAAUUGGUAUUUUGCCCUCUUUUACCAGCAUUUCAAAUUAGCAUUUCAUUCCCCUUAACUUUCAAUUUGUGUCUCCCAUACGUAUGGCUGUAUAUGAUGUAACUUAGGAGCGUUGUUUGGAUAAAAAGGUACUCGCUCGGUUGUAUGCAAACUCCUUGGUCC